AUGGAAAAUGUUAGCAUUACCUUUGAACUUAGCCUGGAUCCCUUUUUUAUUCCAGAUGGGGCAAGGUAUCCCAUAUUUUUCUUUGGGCUAGUGAUAUACCUGUUUUGUAUAUCUUGCAACCUGACUCUGCUUGGACUCAUUAUAGCGAGGAGAAACCUUCACAAGCCAAUGUAUUUCAUUUUGUUCAGUCUACCAUUUAAUGACCUUGUAGGGAUCACUGCAAUGCUACCCAAAGUCCUGUCGGAUAUCUUAACAGAUAGACAUACAGUUUAUUAUCCUCUGUGUGUUCUUCAAGGCUUUUUACUUCACAUGUAUGGUGGCGGAGUUCUUUUCAUCUUAGCAGCAAUGGCCUUUGAUCGAUAUAUUGCGAUUUGUUCUCCAUUACGGUACAAUUCACUCAUGACACCCAGAGUGGUGGUAGCAAUUAUUGCAAUUGUUUGGGCUCUGGAUUUUGUUUUCAUAUUUACAAUAUUUGUACUCCAGGCCAGGCUACCUCGAUGCAAAUCUAAACUGAUGAACGUGUUCUGUGACAAUCCCUCACUUCUCAAGAUGACAUGUGGUAAUACUUUUAUUAACAACAUUACUGGCUUGUUUAACACUGCUCUCAUGCAAAUAAUAAGUAUAUCUGUCCAAGCGGUCUCCUAUGUCAAGAUAUUGAUUGCUUGUCUGGUUACAAGGCAAAAUGAAGCAAGAAGCAAGGCUAUCAACACCUGUGUGGCACAACUGGUUAUAUUCUUCACUUUUGAACUCACAAGUACUUUUACAAUUUUAUCACAUAGGUUUCAAAAUGUUUCACCUGAUUUACAGAAGAUUAUGGAAAUCUGUUUGAAGAGUGUGUUUUUAUAUCUACAUCUUUUCUUUUUUUUUAAUAGGAUGAAUGUUAUACCUUUGGAAAGAUUGUCAUGUAAUGUUUAA